ACGACGCAACAUUUUCACGCUGCAUUGCGUUCUUCACAUCCUGACCGCUCCAUGAGGACAUCCCGACUUCCCAACUUUAUCCCACGGCGUGACAAGCAGACAGAGGAGGCGUGGUAUCUGACGUCACUCGGGCUGAACCGUACUACAGCACUAGUCUGGCUGGAUGUCUGACUCAGCCACGCAGGUUGUUUGGGGGAAUUUAUUUUAAACGCACGUUUUUAUUAAAAAGACCGUAAAAUGAUCGCUCCUUGCUCUUGUUUUGGACUACGCGCAUCCUUUGUUUCGGGCGGUUUGAGGAAGUGCGACAGGAGGUUUUGAGGUGUUUAUCAAGAAGAUGUCCAAGGCUCUUGCUCUCUCAUUUUAUAUAUAGACUGAAAAUGUCAUCUUUCUGACCACAACUGCAAAUGAACUCAGAGGUUACUUCAAUAAAUGGUACAUUUUUCUAUGUGGACUAGUGCCAACGCUGCAGAAAAAGCCCAGCGUCCCGAUUCCAGGUCACUGUGUCCCCAAAUUUAUGCUGCCACUCUCCAGCACCCGCCACCCAAUCGGUCUGUUUCUCCUGUUCUCCCCAUGGGGCUGAAUUUUGCAUUCUCUGACCCUGUUUGUAACUAAUUCCAAAAAAGUUUUUACUUUUUUUUAAUAGACUAAAUUUAGAACUGCGCAAUAACAGCCCAACACAUGGUACUGUUGGAGUUUUAACCCUUACAAGAAACUCAAGCUGAAUGUCGAUGAGCUCUCAGGAUUUAACCCAAGGACUGUUCAAGUGAGUUAGCACUCAGGAUUUUAAACCAGGUCAGUUUUAAACAAGCAUCAACUCCAGAAAAGCCACCAGAGCGCUCAUGUGAAAAGUAAAUCAUGAGCUCUGACAGUUUUUUCCAGUACCGUGCACUGUUCGAGUACAAACAGGAGCGGGGCGACGAUAUCUCUCUGCAGCCUGGUGAUCUGCUCACCGUCAGUAAGAUGGCACUGCUGGCAUCUGAGUAUCAGGAAGGCGAUGAAAAGUGCCCCAAAGGCUGGCUGCAUGGAACCAACGAACGCACUAAAGAGAAGGGCAACUUCCCUGGCACCUUUGUGGAGUAUGUUGGGGUCGUGAGGACAGGCCUUACUUCAGGAAAGCCCUGGCCAAGACCUGUGCCACCAACACCUGUAGGGCCUCAGCCUCCAGGGGCUUCAGCUUCAGAGGGCCCCUGUGGAAAGGCAGAUGUUGUGGAGCAGUGUGCUCUGCCUGACCCGUCCCCAGUUGUGGUGCUUCGGCUGACGGAGGCUCUGGAGAGACUAGACUGGGAGAAUGAGCCACUGUACCGAUCUGGCCAGGCCUCCACUGGACCUCCAGAAUUACUUCAGGCUUUGGAAACAGACCCAGCAGCGGUGGAUUUUGAGCAAUAUGAACUGUCCACUUUGGCUGAUGCUCUGAGAAGUUACAUUCAGGACUUGCCCUGCCCGCUCAUCCCAGCUGUUGUGUACAGUGAGCUGGUCUACACUGCUCAGGAGAUCCAAAGCAUGGAGGAAUGUGGACAACAGCUAAAAACAAUCCUGGACUCUCCCAGUGUCCCUCAGGCUAACCACCAGCUCCUGGUUCAUCUGACCCGACACCUUAGCAAGGUGGCCCAAAGUGGGGGAGCAGCUCAGGCAAGCCCCAAGAUUCUGGCUCUGGCCUACAGUGAAGCCGUCUUCAAAAACAACCACUUCAGUGCGGAUGUAAACCCAGAACACCAUGUGAAGAUUCUUGAGGCACUCAUCAUGGUUGGAGGCCUGGUGGAGAUACAAGCAGCUCCAGGUAGGCUUUCGCAGGUUUUUGUCACUUAUUAAAACUGCUGUAGGUUUGUCUUUCUUGGAUGAUUUUUUAUUUAUUUUCUCCGCAUUAGGUAGUUUAUUUGUUUACUCCGUAUUAUACUUUGUGAAUGUA